CUCUUAUGUUCAAUAAAUUCAUGUUUAAGUGUUGUCUAUGCUCAAACCCAUCAUUUCAGUUUUGGCCAAUUCUCUCUAAAAUUUCACCCAAUCAGCUUUACUUGCUUCUGUGUGGAGCAUUAAGAAAUUUUGGGGUCUGUGUGAAGCAGAGCUCAAAAGUUCUACCUUUGAGUUUUGGGUGUACUUCAGUUCUUUGAAGAGGUGAGAAGUAUUCUUAUAUGGCUAAUCCUACUUACCAGGAAUCCUUGUCAUUUGGAGGCCCAGACCAUCCUCAAGGUCAAGAAGUUAUUCCAUUUGAGAGUGGAACCCUGAAGGUUUUGCUACAUGGCUCCCUAGUCAUAUGGGUCAAGAAGGCCGAAAACCUUCCUGACAUGGAGAGUUUUCGCAAGCAUGUGGGGCAUGCAAUUGCGAAGUUGCCUGGGACGAGAUGCAAAAAUAUAAUCAGUUCUCCAUAUGUUACGAUUUCUUUAUCAAAUGCUGUGAUUGGGAGGACCUUUGUGAUGAGUAGUACCAAGAACCCUGUGUGGGAGCAACAUUUUGAUGUUCCUGUUGCUCAUUAUGCUUCACGAGUGAACUUUGUUGUGAAACACAGUGAUGUUUUCGGCUCUAAGACCAUAGGUUUUGUUGGAAUCUCAGCUCAACAGUUGUACUCUGGCAUCAAAGUUGAGGGAACCUUCCCUAUCCUUGACACUACCAGUGGUAAAAGCUGUAUGCCUGGAGCUGUGUUGAGCUUGUCAAUUCAGUAUACCGCGAUUGAAAAAAUGGCAUUUUAUAAUCGCGGAGUAGGUUUAGAUCCUGAUCAUCAAGGGGUCCCUGGUACUUACUUUCCUGUUAGGAAAGGCGGUAAAGUUACUCUUUAUCAAGAUGCUCAUGUUCCUGAUGGUUGCCUCCCCAACUUCAAGCUUGACGGCGGUCUUAAGUAUGAGCAUGGAAAUUGUUGGCAAGACAUAUUUGAUGCAAUAAGUCAGGCCCGCCGUUUGAUAUACAUAGCUGGGUGGUCACUGCACCCCAAAGUCAGAUUGCUUCUGAAUAAUAAUGGUUCAUCAGAUCGCACAUUGGGUGAUCUGCUGAAGACCAAGUCACAGGAAGGUGUGAAAGUUCUGCUUCUUGUUUGGGAUGAUCCAACUUCUAUUAAGGGAUUUAAAAUGGAAGGGCUCAUGCAUACCAAUGAUGAAGAUGCUCGACGUUUCUUUAAGGACUCUUCAGUUCAAUUUCUACUCUGCCCUCGAUCAUCAGUCCAAAGCUGGGGGAAAAAGAUGGAAGCUGGAAUAGUCUAUACCCAUCAUCAGAAAACUGUAAUUGUGGACGCUGAUGCUGGUCAUUUUAAAAGAAAGAUCAUUGCAUUUGUUGGAGGUCUUGAUUUGUGCUUGGGACGUUAUGAUACUCCGGAGCAUUCUAUAUUUAGGACCUUACGUACAGUGCACAAGGAUGACAAUCGUAACCCGACUUUCUCGAAACCCGUUAUUGGGUGUCCAAGGCAGCCAUGGCAUGAUUUGCACAGUAAAAUUGAUGGUCCAGCUGCUUAUGACAUCCUCACCAAUUUUGAGCAGCGUUGGGGGAUGGCUUCAAAACCACAUGGUCUUCAAAAACUAAAAGAACGAGGACUUCAAAAACUGAAAUUACGAGGAGAUGAUGAUGAUGCAUUACCCAAGAUUGAGAAAAUUCCUGAAAUUCUUGGGAUGACAGAGGUUCCUCGCUUGAGUGAGGAUGAUAAAGAAGCUUGGGAUAUUCAGGUUUUCCGUUCAAUUGAUUCCCAUUCAGUGCAAGGAUUUCCCGAAGACACUGGAGAAGCUACAAGGAUGAACCUUGUUUGUGGGAAAAAUGUGCUGAUAGACAUGAGUAUACAUGCAGCAUAUGUAAAAGCAAUCCGUGCGGCUCAACAUUUUAUUUACAUAGAGAACCAGUACUUUCUUGGAUCAUCAUAUAAUUGGAAGUCAGACAUUAGUGAUACAGGUGCAAACAAUUUGAUACCGAUGGAAAUCGCUCUGAAAAUAGCAAACAAAAUCAAAGCAAAUGAGAAGUUUUCUGUAUAUAUUGUCAUCCCCAUGUGGCCAGAAGGUGAUCCCAAUACUAUGCCUCUUCAAAGAAUUCUCCUUUGGCAGCAUAAAACAAUGCAAAUGAUGUAUGAAAUGAUUUACAAGGCUCUAAAGGAGGUUGGACUCGAAAAUAAGUACUGUCCACAAGACUAUUUGAAUUUCUUUUGCCUCGGAAAUCGUGAGAAACCAAGUGGAGAUGCUGCAAAUAAUUCAAGUGCAGCAAACACUCCUGAAGUACUCACCCAGAAUAGUCGGCGAUUUAUGAUUUAUGUCCAUUCAAAAGGAAUGAUAGUGGAUGAUGAAUACGUUAUAGUGGGAUCUGCAAAUAUCAAUCAGCGAUCCAUGGAAGGUCUCCGAGAUACUGAAAUAGCAAUGGGGGCUUAUCAGCCUCAUCAUACUUGGGCGAGAAAACUCUCAAGUCCACACGGAAAGAUAUAUGGAUACAGAAUGUCACUGUGGGCAGAGCAUUUAGGACUUGUUGAAGAAUGUUUCAAUCAGCCAGAGAGUCUUGAAUGUGUUCAAAGGGUAAGGUCUUUGGGUGAGCAGAACUGGAGUCAAUACGUGGCCGACGAGGUUACAGAAAUGAAGGGUCACCUCCUCAAGUAUCCUGUUGAAGUUGGUCCAACGGGCACGGUGGGGCCUCUUCCGGGGUGUCCAACAUUUCCAGACGUUGGUGGCAAAAUAUUGGGGAGUCUCGGCGACAUAAAAAUGAAGAGUCUGAGUAUCAGUAGCAGGGGGAGGUCAAUAUCACUUAGAGGCGCCAUCAUCACCACCUGAUCCAAUUUAUCGGCUUCCAAGAGUAGGCUAAAAUCCUUACAGAAUUGCAGCAUUGAUUGAUCGAUUGAAGCAUUGUAACUGUAAUUGGCAGAAUUGAUGGCUUUUCUUUUGAGAAACUUUUGUUAGUGUCAUGUUUUCUUAACUACUUCACCAGAAGAGAAUUUUUUUUCUUUUGGUCGAAAUCAGAACGUUUCAACUUUAUUUUUUCAUGUGAGAGCUUCUUAAGUUCUUAUGUAGACGAACUUCGUAUGAAAUUUCUAAUCAAUGGUUUGAGAGAUUCACUUUUCGAUUA